AUGAAAUUUCCAAUCGAGACGCCAAGAAAACAGGUGAACUGGGAUCCUAAAGUGGCUGUCCCCGCAGCAUCGCCGGCGGUGUGUCAGCCCAAGAGCGCCACUAACGGGCACCCCCCGGCUCCACGCCUCUCCAUUUCCUCCCGAGCCACGGUGGUAGCCAGGAUGGAAGGUGCCUCCCAGGGGGGCCUGCAGACCGUCAUGAAGUGGAAGACAGUGGUUGCCAUCUUUGUGGUCGUGGUGGUCUACCUUGUCACCGGUGGGCUCGUCUUCCGGGCCUUGGAGCAGCCGUUUGAGAGCAGCCAGAAGAACACCAUUGCCUUGGAGAAGGCGGAAUUCCUGCGGGAUCACAUCUGCGUGAGCCCUCAAGAGCUGGAGACAUUGAUCCAGCAUGCCCUUGAUGCUGACAAUGCAGGGGUCAGUCCCAUAGGAAACUCUUCCAACAACAGCAGUCACUGGGACCUUGGAAGUGCCUUUUUCUUUGCUGGAACUGUCAUCACCACCAUAGGGUAUGGGAAUAUUGCUCCAAGCACUGAAGGAGGAAAGAUCUUUUGUAUUUUAUAUGCCAUCUUUGGAAUUCCACUCUUUGGUUUUUUAUUGGCUGGAAUUGGAGACCAACUUGGAACCAUCUUUGGGAAGAGCAUUACAAGAGUGGAGAAAGUCUUUCGAAAAAAGCAAGUGAGUCAGACCAAAAUCCGGGUCAUCUCAACCAUCCUGUUCAUCUUGGCUGGCUGCAUUGUGUUUGUGACGAUCCCUGCUGUCAUCUUUAAAUACAUCGAGGGAUGGACAGCCUUGGAGUCUAUUUACUUUGUGGUGGUCACUCUGACUACGGUGGGCUUUGGUGAUUUUGUGGCAGGGGGAAACGCUGGCAUCAAUUACCGGGAGUGGUAUAAGCCCCUAGUGUGGUUUUGGAUCCUUGUUGGCCUUGCCUACUUUGCAGCUGUCCUCAGUAUGAUCGGAGAUUGGCUACGGGUUCUGUCCAAAAAGACAAAAGAAGAGGUUGGUGAGAUCAAGGCCCACGCGGCCGAGUGGAAGGCCAAUGUGACAGCCGAGUUCCGGGAGACGCGGCGGCGACUCAGCGUGGAGAUCCACGACAAGCUGCAGCGGGCGGCCACCAUCCGCAGCAUGGAGCGCCGGCGCCUGGGCCUGGACCAGCGGGCCCACUCCCUCGACAUGCUGUCCCCCGAGAAGCGCUCUGUCUUCGCGGCGCUGGACACGGGCCGCUGCAAGGCCUCGUCCCAGGACAGCAUCAACAACCGGCCCAACAACCUGCGCCUGCAGGGGCCGGAGCAGCUGAGCAAGCACGGGCAGGGCGCCUCCGAGGACAACAUCGUCAACAAGCUCGGGUCCACCUCCAGGCUCACCAAGAGGAAAAACAGGGACCUCAAGAAGACCUUGCCCGAGGACGUGCAGAAAAUCUACAAGACGUUCCGGAAUUACUCCCUGGAUGAAGAGAAGAAGGAGGAGGAGACGGAAAAGAUGUGUCACUCGGACAACUCCAGCACAGCCAUGCUGACGGACUGUGGCCCGCAGCCCAGCGGGAUGGAGAACGGGAUGGUCCUCACCGACACCAAAGACAGGGACCUCGAGGACAACUCGUUACUCGAAGACAGAAACUAA